AUGUUCGGUCUCUUUGAGUACACUGGUGCCCACUACGCCCUACAGAUCAACCCAGCUUCGGACGUAAACGUUGCUCACCUUGAUUACUUUCAUUUCAUCGGCCGGGUGAUUGGAAUG